AUGUACUGUCUGGUUGGUAACUCAAGAUAUUACAAUUACACAUUAUCUUACGAUGGAAAAGCAGUGAAGCAUGGAGAUGACUAUCACAAAGAUUAUUUAACUGAUUUAAUAGCCAACAGGUCGGUGAAAUUCAUCAAAGAACGAAGUCAAGAUGUUCAUAAAGAACCUUUCUUUAUGAUGAUUUCAACUCCAGCUCCACAUAGUCCAUGGAAUGCUGCUCCACAAUAUAAUUCAAGUUAUGUGAAUAACACAGCACCUAAGACUGGAAGUUAUAAUAAAAGAGGAAAAGAUCAACACUGGUUAAUGAGGCAAACUAACAUUCCAAUGAAACCAAAUUCUACACAAAUGGCUGACUAUGCAUUUCGGAAGAGAUGGAGAACACUUCUGUCUGUAGAUGAUCUUGUGGAAAAAGUUGUGAUGACUUUAGAUUCAACUAAAAUAUUAGAUAAUACUUAUAUUAUUUAUUCAUCAGAUAAUGGAUAUCAUUUAGGGCAAUUUGGUCUACCCAUGGACAAGCGGCAAUUAUAUGAAUUUGAUAUAAGAGUUCCAUUAAUUGUCCGAGGGCCUGGAGUAGCCAAGAAUGUAACGAGGCCUGAACCUGUCUUGAAUAUUGAUCUUGCUCCUACUAUCAUCGAUAUUGCGAAUGGAAGUUCUGGCAAUUUUCCUUUAACUAUGGAUGGAAGGUCGAUUAGACCGUUGUUUCAAGUCAAAUCAUCAAAAAAUGCUGCAGAUACCUGGAGAAAAGACUUUCUUGUUGAAUAUCAAGGAGAAGGGUUUGCAGUAUCAAAGUUUUGUCCUCAGCUUGGAUUUGGUGUCAGCCAAUGCUUUCCUGACUGCGUUUGCGAAGAUGCCUACAAUAACACAUACAGUUGUGUUCGGACAUUAGAUCCCGGUUCUCCUGAUAAAAAUAUUAUGUAUUGUGAGUUUGUUGACUCAGAGACAUUCGUUGAAGUGUAUAAUUUAACCUCUGACCCCAAUCAGUUAACGAAUAUAAAGGAUACUUGCGAUCCUCAGCUUCUUGUUCGAAUGAAUACUCGUUUAAUUGAGCUUGGUUUUUGCAACGGAGCAUCUUGUCGCUCAUCAGGUCGAUAUUCAAAGAAUGAACCUGUUCAUCUUACUAAGGAGGACAUAAAACGAAUCAAAGAAAUAAGUUUUCAUCAUUCGAAAAAGAAUGAAAUAAACUUGGACUUUUUAUGAAACUUUUAUUGCAAUAUAUCUUACAACUUAAUUUCUCAUUUGUUCUCUUUAUGAAGCUAACAUGCAAACUGUCGUGCUAAUGGAAACUUCUAUCAUCAAAGUGUAUGUUGAGUACCACACAUUGAACUUGAAUAAUAUAUUCGCUAAGACUGCGAUUUUUCAAACUACUGAUAUACAAUUCAAAUAUACACUCACUAUUAGUGGAUUGGAUAACACACAGGGAAAAAUUCGUUAUGAAUGCUCUUUCUCAAAUAUUGCAAUACUGCUUUGCACUGUGAUACCCUUCCAAGGGGAGAAUUAAUACUUUUAGAGCGCCUAGAAAUUUGUCUCUGAUCCGAUUAAUGUUCUAAUGCUGGAUUGGAUCAUGCCUUUUAGAGGCCACUUUGGUGCUCUAUAUAUUCAAAAUAUAAACAUAAUAAUUCAUGCAAGAUGCAUCUAUCAAAAUGGAAAGAGGCAGCUUUGCAGUCUUGGGACUUAAAUCAGAAGUCUAAGGCACAAUUGAACAAUCGGCUAUAAAAUUUCCCCUUUCCCUGAUUCCAUGACCUACUGUACUUCCCUAUAGUCAUUGUCUUAAAUGAUUGUUGCUUGUAUUUGUCGACUUAUAUUUGUUGUGAUAGCUUUGGUCUUUUAUAUUCUGCUACUUUGCAAGUUCACGCAAUUCCGUUUUCCUCCUGAUGUUACUAUGUGCAAUCAUUUUUUAUUUGUGAAUAAGCUUGAUUCUUCCGUCACAUAUUCAUAAUGAAACAUUCUGGCUCGUCAUUGUGAAAUCUGCAAUAUUUAAGUAUGUUCUUAAGUAACUGUAUUCUGCCUAAUUUGCCGUCAGAAUUCAUUAGAAAUUCUUCAUUUUCAGCUCGUAUUAUUAUCAAGAAAAUUGUACAGGCAAAAAUUAUUACUUGAUUGCCUUUGCUGUCAUUACAUCAACUAUUUGUUUAGGUUCUAUUAUACUGUUAUUUUUGUUUUUUAAUUGCUAUUGCCCAAAUUUUUUUGGUUAAGAUUCCGUUUUUUUCUGAAUGCUAGGCAAUGAGCAAUUGUCCUAUUAUUUUAAAAUCCCAAAAGAGGCCUUCAAUCAAGUCCAUGUAUUCCAUACAACUAUCCUUUACCCGGCAUGACUGGUAAUCGGACGACAGACUCCAAAAGAUUCAGCUGCCUUAUUGACUUUCCUUCCUUUUAUUUGUAUAGGGCUUGAGACAAACGUUUGUUGUAUCUACAAUUGGUUGCUCCAUGAAAAAAAGUACAUUUUUUUAUUUGUUAUUUACCUACAAAGUGUUGUUUUUGUGUUCUAUGGAUAUUGUAUUUCCAAACCAAAUAAAUUAUUCACUUGAUUCA